GUCUCCUUCCAUUCGAGCCAGCAAACCCCGCACAAACCCUUCAUAAGCCGGCAGAAUCACGCACCCGCCUCCAACCCAGAAGAGGCCUCGAGAGAGAACGGCUGGAAGAACCGAGAGCGCUCCAGAGAUGUCGGCGGACGACCUGCGAUCGGAGCUGGACGAGCUGCGGCGGCUGGAGGGCCUCGCCAAGCACCCCCGCGUCCAGACCCUCCUCGCCAACGAGAUCCGCAACGUUGAGGCAAAGUUGGCGAAGGCAACCGAACCGUCGCCGGAGCCACUGGCGGCGGCUUCCGCGCCCGCGCCCGCGCCCGCCCCCGCGGCGCGUCCUGUUUUAAACUACGUCACGUUGGGGUCGUUCAGCUGGGACCAGGACAACGAGAAGAUCAAGAUAUAUGUCUCCCUUGAGGGAGUUGAGCAAGAGAAGGUGGAGACUACUUUCAAGCCAACAUCAGUAGAUGUAAAGUUUCAUGAUGUCAAAGGCAAGAAUUAUCGGUGUGCUAUACCAAAGCUCAACAAGGAAAUUGUUCCUGAGAAAUGUAAGGUUGUGGUGAAGCCAACAAAGGUUAUUAUUACCCUUUUCAAGGCUUCUAAAGGCAACUGGUUAGACUUGCACUUCAAGGAAGACAAGUUCAAGCCAAGCAUGGACAAGGAAAAGGAUCCGAUGUCAGGAAUUAUGGACUUAAUGAAGAACAUGUAUGAGGAAGGUGACGAGGAUAUGAAACGCACAAUAGCCAAAGCUUGGUCUGAUGCCAGGUCUGGGAAGACGACUGAUUCACUGAGCGGAUUACGUUGAGCUGGUAUAGUCGGUUGAUGGACUUCUGUUUCUGAUAGUUCAAACAGCGCUACAGUGUCUUGUUCGUGUUAGUGCUUGUUUAUCUUAUAUUUGUGAGUGAAGUUGGACGUGCCAGGCUUAUGGAAAUAUCUCCUCUUGAACGGAGAAAAAAACAUAUCAGGUCCAAGAGGUUUUAUGGUUUUGUGGUGCUUUUCUGCUUGCUGCGUAAGCGAAGUAAUGCUAGUAACAGCUUGAGCUAGGCAAGCAA